AUUUGAAAUAUAUUGCUGGGAGGGGGCGUGGCUUUUGUUUACAGUGUUUACAUAUAAAUUGAGACUAACAACCAGGAACAGUUGAAAAGAGUCGGAAUUUUGCGUUUCGCAGACCAUUUCUCUAUUGCAAUUAUGGAAGCUAUUGCUAUUUUCUUCAAAGUUACUCUUCCCAGCUACUUCGAGACUCUGCCCAUACCAGAAACAUUUGGAGGCUUUUUGCAAUUAACAGGUGCUGACUGGCUACGCAUGGUGCCCCUCAUCGGGACCCUGGGAGCUGUGAUUGUUCUCACUGUGAUGCAGAUCCGUAAGGCAAAGGGCUGUGGUCAAGUCAAUCCAUCUAUCGAGAAGGACAAAGACAAGGUCGUACACUCCUUCGAUAUUGAAGAUCUUGGUGACAAAGCCGCCUUCUGCCGCUGCUGGAGAUCCAAGGCGUUCCCAAAAUGUGAUGGUUCACACAACAUGCACAACAAGCUAACCGGUGACAACGUCGGUCCACUCUGCCUAUCGAGGAAGUCUGCAUCAUCUUAAAUCAGGAGAAUGCCCUCAUCCCCACCUGACGUUUGUUUUUGUUUUAUGUGCACUCAUCAUUUACUAGUUGUCUUCUUCAAAUUUGUCCCCUGUUGAAUGGCUGAUCAGCAACAAGUCUCUGGUUGAAAGUUGAAAGCCAGUUAGGUAUUCAUUUCAUGUCAUUUUAUUUAAUUUGAACACAGAAACAUGAUUUAGCCAGUGGCUGCUCUUCAGACUUCAGCAUUGACUUAACCAUCUGUCAUAGAUGCAUUAAAAUUUUGAACCACUAAAUAGCUUCUGUCUAAUGUAAUUUCAUAUGGUUUAAGAAAAACGGGAAAGGAAAUCUGUACUAAGGACUUCCGAUCUUUUCAAAGGGCUUUGUAAUGUAGAUAGAUGUGAUGAUCAUGGAAUUCUUGAUAAACCAGGAAAGAAAAACCAAAUAAUGGAAUUGAAUACAACUGCACUGUGUGUUAAUUGAAUCAAAACAUGGAUGCAAUUUAAAAUGAAGGAGAUUUUUUGUUGUUGUUUAUAUUCGUUGAAUGAAUUUUGUACUUGUGGUUGAAUAUUAUAUAAGCCAGGUGCUGGUCAUAGUUUGAUUUGUAGAACAAAUGUAUUGUGGUGUGUGUGGUUUAUCUAUUUAGAUUAUGGUACAAGGUACAAAUUUAGCAAUAAUAUGCGUUUGUAAGUGUUUCAUUCUAAGGCACAACUAUGUUCAUGUAAACAGUUCUGUUAUACAUGGGGUACUUGCCCAAAUGUUUACAAAGACGGAAUAUUUCCUUACUCAGAAAAUCUUUAGCAUGUGCAAGAGCACAAUAAAAUUCUGUAUACAUGUACAUGCCAAUCAAUGGCACAUUAAUGCAGUUUUUCAUGAAAUUAUAUGUACACGCUGCCUGUACAUCUUAUAAAUUGGGCAUUUGGGCUGCCUGAAUAAUGUAUUCAUUGGAAUGUCGGGUUGACCACUUUCGUUGUUGAAUUCUCAUUAAAUCCAUACAUUUUCUAUGUAUAUAUAUGUGAUGCACGCUAUCAAUCCUUGUUGUAAAAGGGUUCUGAAAAUACAUUUAGGCACCGCCCUCGAGUGGUGUCAGUAACAGUAUUACAAUCUGCAUGGAAAUACAUGUAUGUAUAAUCAUCUUUCUAUGAUACCAUGGGUGUUUCUAUCUAAAAUUGUCUGCAUAAUCUAUAUAUUUAUGGGGGAGAUAUUGUGGUUAGAAAGAAUUGAUCCAGUAACAACUACAGUACCUGUAGAUGCUUAUUUGAAUGUCGCCACCUGAAAAAGUCAUUUCUGAAACGCUUUGUCUCUUCAGAUAGCCUUCAUGGCUACUACAUGUGUAGUGAUAGAGAAAGAGAUGUGGCUGUACCACAUUUCUCCACUGUUAUACAACAAAGGUGGUAUUCUGGUGGCAAACAUGUAAAAUACAUCUGUCUUGAAGUGGAUUUCAACAAACAUCCGUACGCAAACUGGAGAUGAAAAAAUGAAUUGUUAUGCGUGAAAGAGAUAACAAAUUAUAUUGCUUGGUCAAACCAAGUCUGAAAAGAA